AUGGAUGAUACUCUAUGUGGAAAAUUUGAUUUUUUGAGGACGUAUUUACCCGAUGAAUUAGACAAAGCUGGAACACUCGAUUUUGGUGAUAAUACGAAUUUUAUGCAAUACUGCCCUGAGAAUGAUUCAGGAGGAAAUGCAUGCAAUAAUAAUCUAGAUAAAAUUACGGCUGGAUUUUUAUGGUUACUUGAACAAUGUUAUCAUGCAUUAACCUAUAAAACUCAUGAUACAAAUAGUAUUAAUGCAUUUUUUAUAUAUAUUAUUUCAUGGUUUAGUUACAAAUUAAAGCAAAACAAAGGGAAUAAAUUCUCCACAAUAAACGAAUUUUAUAAUAAAAAUGUAAUAGAUAGUAAUAAAUAUAAAAAAUUUAUAAGUCAUGCUUAUACAAUUGGGGAGCUUAAGGGAUUCAUGGAGAAACGAACUGAUUUGAUGAAUAUUAAUAUUGAAGAUCUGUCUAAAUUUUAUGAUGCAUUCAAAUUAUUAUGUAGUGUAUAUGACAAUGUUGCACAGAAUCAAACAGGCGACACACUGUCAAAUGAUGCUACUAGUUUUGUUUACAAAUAUAUAGAGCUUAACAAUAAUCAUAAUAUUGAAGAUAUUGCACGUAGUAAAAUAUUGCCUGUUUUAUUAACCGAUUAUGAUAAUUUAAAAAAUAAAUGUACUAGUAAUGGUGUUAAUUGUAAAGAUUUUCAAUCAUUUCCAGAUAUAACAAACCUUUCUGCAUUAUCAUCGAGAGAUACAUCAAGUUCGUCGAUAGGAAAGAGAUUAUUUACAGUUUUAUCGAUAUUUGGUGCAAUAGCAUUUUUGUUAGGAAUUUCUUAUAAGUAUUCGUUAUUUGGAUUUCGGAAACGAUUUAAAAAACAAAAAUUAAAAGAAAAAAUAAAAAAUAUAAAGAAGAGAAUGAAUCAUUAA